AUGGGUCUAGGAAAAACAGUACAACAACUGCACUCCUCAGUUGUAGCGGUGGAGAGCGCCCGGCGAUACUUUGAAGCGGUCCAGGGGGACGAUGCACAGAAGGGAGAGUUGUUUGGCAUAAAAAACCUCUUCAGACUACAGAUCCAGGGGACAUGCCUUACGCGUCAGAUCCUGGAGAGCCUGUCGGAGAGCUCCCUGGACAGCCCACCGGAUGAAAGAAGAGCUCCAACUUCGCUGCAGAGACCAACUCCGGAGCAUCCAGUCCAGUUCACGGCCAGGAGCACCGAGCGGACGAGACACACCACGUUUAUCAUCGGAGAAACGCCUCAGAGCAUUUGCAGGCAACAAAUGCAAGAGAUGGCAACACAGCUACAGUUUUCUUCAGUGGAACAGUUUGCCACAGAGAUUCUGAAGAGCACCUCAAACCAAAGAGUGUCCUGCCUGACUGUCAUCAUGCAGAACGUUUCAAACCGGACGCCUCCUUCAGCAGAGCCGUACCUGUGCUCCUGUCUCGUGGUUUAUUUUAAAAGUCACCAUUGA